ACUGAUGUAUUUAUAUUUCAGCAUUUAUGGUAUUUUUAGUAAAUCACUCCAGGUAAUAACAUGGCGGAUAGUGACAGUGUCGUAUCAGCAGCUACAGGAACUGAUCAAGAUGAUCCAUUAGCAGAUUUAACUCUGGAACAACUUUGUCAGUUUGUAGAAGAUACUGAGCGUGUCAAUGAAGUGAUAAAGACUGAAACAGAAAUGUUUGAAAAAUUUUUACGGCGAGUUGAACCAAAAGAAACGACAACACUAACACAGCAACAAUUUACAUCUCCACUUCCACAAAUACAAGAGAUACAUGUUGUUCGCGGAAGUCGGAAAAGGUCAAAAUCACGAAGCAGUGCAUUAGAUAAAUUGUUGAGAUUGACUGCAGAACAAAAAUGUGACAUCGCUCAACGUGAAUUGGAAGAAUUGCGAGAGGAAAUUGAUAAAUUAAAAGAAGAUUCUGAAAGAGUUCUGGAUAACUAUCGGGCAAAUCUUGAAGAAGCAGAAAUGAAAAUACAAGAAUCAAAGAAAGCUUUCUAUGAAUUUGAUAGAGAUAUAUGUAAAGGAUCAAUAAAUCCAAGAACGAAUAAAGUCAUUGCAGAAAAAGUUCUGAGAUAUUACGAAGACAAAUUGAGAUCAAGGGAUACAUUGAUUGAAAAAUUACGACUGAAAAACUCUACACUUAGAGUUCAGAAAAAGAAACUUCAACUACAAUUGAAACAGAAAGAAGAAAUGGGUGAAGUGCUACAUGAGGUGGAUUUCAAUCAACUUAAAAUUGAAAACCAGCAGUAUUUAGAGAAAAUUGAUGAAAAGAAUCAAGAACUAUUGAGGUUAAAAUUAAUGGCUGGAAACACACUACAAGUCUUGAACAGAUAUAAGAAAAGAUUACUGAAUCUGACAACUGAAUCGAAAGCUUUGAAAACAGAAAUAUUAACUCGAAAAGAUAAUCUUGUGAAAUUUGAUGCAGAAACUAUAAUUGUAGAAGAGGAAAGAAAUAUUGCCGAGAAGAACAAUAAACACCAGCGUCAAAAACUAGCUGAUUUCAAAGUGCCAGAAGUACAGAAUUAUGUUCAUAAGAAGGCAAAUUUAAUGGAACUUCAAAAAACUGUCAAAAGCUGGGAGAGAAAGGUUGAAAUUGCUCAGAUGGCGUUAAACACACACAAGAAAUCUUGGAAACAAAUAUGGGUUUCAAGGCCUCAAGUAACCGACUGGAUGCCACCUGAUUUUAUUGGCCAAGCCUGAUAGUCUUUUUUGUAUCACGGUUUCAUAUUUUGUCUCAAAUACUAUAUUUUUCGCAAUUGUAAAUGACUAUGAAAUAUAUCACUUUUUGAUCUGUUUGAUGUAAAA